UUUAGGUUCAUUUCAUAAAACAGAUGUAAACCGAUUAUGAGACAUUGUACUUCCUUUUCCGGUAAAACGUUAGCCCCUAGCCGAAGCUACCUGCGAGCUAAGGGAAAUCACCAUAUAUCUCACAAUGGGGUUUGUGAAAGUUGUUAAAAAUAAAGCCUACUUCAAGAGGUUUCAAGUCAAAUUCCGAAGGAGGAGAGAGGGCAGAACAGAUUACUAUGCUCGUAAACGACUUGUUGUUCAAGAGAAGAAUAAAUACAACACCCCAAAAUACAGACUGAUUGUCCGCUUCACUAACAAGGACAUUAUCUGUCAGAUAGCGUAUGCCAGAAUCGAGGGAGACAUAAUCAUAUGUGCUGCAUAUGCACAUGAACUUCCUCGUUAUGGUAUCAAGGUCGGGCUAACAAACUACUCUGCCGCAUACUGCACAGGACUUCUUAUUGCUAGAAGGUUAUUGAAAAAGUUUAACUUGGACAGUAUUUACCCUGGACAAGAACAAGUAGAUGGAGAUGAAUUCUAUGUUGAAGAUGUUGAUGGAAAGCCGGGAGCUUUCCGUUGUUACCUUGACGUCGGCCUCGUGAGGACCACAACUGGUGCCCGUGUUUUUGGAGCCAUGAAGGGAGCUGCUGAUGGUGGCAUUGACAUCCCACACAGCACAAAACGUUUCCCUGGUUACGAUUCUGAGAGUGGAGAAUUCAGCGCCGAAGUUCACCGUGACCACAUCUUCGGUAAACAUGUUGCCGAGUACAUGAGGAAAUUGAGUGAAGAUGAUGAAGAUGCUUACAAGAAACAAUUUUCACGCUUCAUCAAAAAUGGUCUUACCGCUGAUAAUUUGGAAGAGAUGUACAAGAAGGGACAUGCAGCAAUCCGUGCUAACCCAGAAGCCAAGGCCAAACCAACAAAGGAGGUGAAGGUCAAGAGGUGAGGAUAUUUUCUGCUCAUUUAAGGCAAAAUUAUCAAGAACUUGCUUGUAAUACAUA